AGCGAUUUGGAGUUUUGUGGCAGCGCUUAAGUGACGUAGCAAGCGGGGCGCCGGAGGAGUUCGAAUUGUGUUGCUAUCGUUUAGACUGCAACAUGUUCGUAGCGAGGAGCAUCGCGGCCGAUCACAAAGACCUUAUCCACGAUGUGUCUUUUGACUUUCAUGGCAGGAGGAUGGCGACCUGCUCUAGCGAUCAGAGCGUGAAAGUUUGGGACAAAAGUGAGAAUGGCGAUUGGCACUGUACUGCCAGUUGGAAGACACACAGUGGAUCUGUGUGGAGGGUCACUUGGGCUCAUCCAGAAUUUGGCCAGGUUUUGGCAUCGUGUUCAUUCGACAGAACAGCUGCUGUGUGGGAAGAGAUUGUUGGCGAAUCAAAUGAUAAAUUACGAGGACAAAGUCACUGGGUUAAGAGGACAACUCUUGUGGACAGCAGGACCUCUGUGACUGAUGUGAAAUUUGCUCCGAAACACAUGGGUUUGAUGUUGGCCACCUGUUCUGCGGAUGGGGUGGUGAGAGUGUAUGAGGCCCCAGAUGUUAUGAACCUGAGCCAGUGGUCUCUACAGCAUGAAAUCUCUUGCAAAUUGAGCUGUAGCUGCAUCUCUUGGAAUCCAUCCAGCUCGCGUGCCCAUUCUCCUAUGAUUGCAGUAGGUAGUGAUGACAGCAGCCCAAAUAUAAUGGGAAAAGUUCAGAUAUAUGAAUAUAAUGAAAAUACAAGAAAAUAUGUGAAAGCAGAAACCUUCAUGACUGUUACAGACCCUGUUCACGACAUUGCCUUUGCUCCAAAUCUGGGCCGAUCUUUCCACAUUCUUGCUGUGGCAUCAAAAGAUGUCCGAAUUUUUACCAUGAAACCCUUAAGAAAAGAGCUGAGUUCUGCAUCUGGAGCGGUGACAAAGUUUGAAAUCCACACAGUAGCUCAGUUUGAUAACCAUAACUCCCAGGUGUGGAGAGUCAGCUGGAACAUCACUGGUACGGUGCUGGCAUCAUCAGGAGACGAUGGAAGCGUUCGCCUCUGGAAAGCAAACUACAUGGACAAUUGGAAGUGCAGUGGGGUUCUGAAGGGCGAUGGGAACCCGGUGAACUCUACCCAGCAAGGAUUCUUUGUUUCGUCCUUUGGAUCGACCAAUCAGAGCCUGCAGAACUCCGUCAAUGGCUCCUCUGCCAGCAGAAAGCACAGCUGAUUCCAAGCUAACUGGAGUAACUUAGCUGUUUUGCUGCUUGUUGCAUGCACACAGGAAUGGAUGGCGAUCUUUUCCCCCUCCCCAGCGCAGUUUGAGUUCUACAAAGAUACACGGGCAGCCUGCUUACUACUAAAUACAAAUCUAAGCCCAUUCUGUGUAUGUGUACUCUGUUUUGCCUUCCAGGAGUGAAAAUAAAAUGUAUCUUGAUUCUCGAGUUACCAGGUUCCCUUUGUGUAUCCCAUUCAGCAGAUGUAGUGGGAAGACCAUCUAAUAAAUUGUUUGCUUAGCGUGUACCUAGAAUACAACAUGAACUGUGUGACUGAACUCAAUUAUUGUAUAUGUGAUCAUUUAGGACCAAAUUUGUAUUCAGCGUAGCAUGUGCUUUGCAGUGUUCCAGGUCCCAAAGGCUGCAGAUAGAUCAGGGGUGUUGAAUAUUUGGGCUUGAGCACUGGCUGCUCGAUCGAAAUGCUAACAAUUGAUUCAAUAUUUUUUUCAUGUAAUGAUGUACAAAAUUCCUGAUCUAUUAGUGGCGCAAUUAAUAAAAUAAAACUAUUUUAGCCAGUUUUAGUUCUGAAUGAAUACAGUUUAAAUCUGCACAGAGCAUUCUUUUUAUAAGAUGGGGCAGCCACUUGAAUGGUAUUGGAAAUAUUGCCUUGUUCUGUUUGUAUAUGUUAUAGUAUGGAGAUCUGGAAUGUCAUAUUAAAUGAUGUGGAAAUGUUA